AAGUCGCGCUAAUCGUGAUAGGGACAGUUUUGAUUUAAACUCCGUCCUUUUUGUUUAUUUAUGUUGUUCCUGGCAUUCAGCGACGUGUAGGCUCGAGGCAUCGCUCGAUUGACCCAUAUUACGAAGUUCAUAUUUGGUUGUUUAUCGCUGUAUUCUCAGAGUGAGUUGACUCCUGCUGAAUAUUGCCUACCGUUUUGACCCAUAUACUUGAAUGAAGGUUGUGUUUCUUGUGUAAUAAUUCGAGGAAUACAACACCCAGUGAUAACUAUCAUCAGUUUUUGUCAGUUCUUCCUUGACGCGCGAAACAGACAUAAACAAACGAACAGUGUCGGCAAGGAUAGCAAAACAACGCCACCUUGACGUCACCUCUUGUUCGACGUGGCAUUGACAUUGGGAGCUGUGAAACUUUAUCCGCCUGUCCAGCUCGUCGGCGCUAGCCAACAUCAUGAGGCCGAAGACGGCGCCGUUCCGACUACCGCACCCGCUGCUGCUACUGCUGCUGCUGCUGCAGUCGGGCCGGAUCAGCGCCAGGGAGGACGUCAACCUGGACGAACUGGACCCGGACAUGGACAGGGACAUAUUCCGAUUCUGCGUAGCCUGCCCUCUGCCGCCGAAAACGUCGGCCGAAUACUGUCGGCGAGUCUGUGCCAGGAAAAAUGUGCCGCCGCCCGAGAACUUUGGUUCAUAUGUGGACUGGGCAGAGAUGUGCGCCCACCUGUGCAAGUACAAACUGGGCGGGCCCAACUGCACCUGCGAGCUGCACCGGGUGUUCAGUUUCAGCGUGCAUGACUUGUUCAAUAACUGAACUACCA